GUGAGAAUAGACGCCCCUCCGUGUCUUCCUGAUCCGACGAGUUCAACGCCCUUUUAAUACUGAACCUACGUGAACUGGAGCAGAGAGUCACCUAGUCCUAGUUACGGUAGCUGAAGUCUUGAUUGAGGAACACACUUACGAAGGUACUAGGUAGUGGCUGGCGCGGUCAAGGGAGGAAGUGGGGCUACAGCUCGGGAGGUAACAGCCUUGCAUGAGCCAGAGCCGCAUUGGGGCCGAGGAUUUUUCACGAUCUAAGGAUAAAAGCCCCUUUCCUUGAUCAAGCCGCUCUUUGUUGCUUCGUCCCCGGUGGCGGUGGAAUUGAAGGCAUCCCAAUGGCCUCCUCAGCGGUCCUAAAGGCAGGGGGCGUAGUGCAGAACUGCUUCGGCGCUAGGACGAGCAGCAGACGGGACUCUUGCCCUCAGCGCCUUGUGAGCGCAUUCCAGGGUUUGAGUGUUUCAGGCAGGCGGGGUCAGUCGCUUGGGGUUAGCAAUGGGUCGAAGGUGGCCAUGGCUUCCUACGAAGCUGGAGUGGGGGUCUACGGCAACAAGGCCGGGAUGAUGCAGGUGUUCGACGCAGAGGGGAAUGCAAUCCCGGUAACCGUUAUCGCUUUCCACGACGGGAACAUUGUCACGCAGGUGAAGACACCUGACACGGACGGAUACUCAGCUGUGCAGAUUGGGUACAAGCCGCCCAGGCGGUUGAAUAAGCCUGAGACAGGGCACUUGGAGAAGGUCGGCGCACCCCCGCUGAAACACUUGACAGAGUUCCGGCUGUCUAAGUCGGCGGGUUAUGAGGCCGGGCAGCAGUUGGACAUUUACAGCAUGUUUAACGCGGGCGAUAUGGUGGACGUGAGGGGGAAGAGCAUCGGAAAGGGGACGCAGGGUAUCAUUAAGCGGUACAACGCUCACCGCGGGUUGAUGACUCACGGGUCGAAAAGUCACCGGCAGGGGGGUACCAUUGGGCCCGGUACGUCCCCCGGGCGCGUAUACCCCGGAAGGAAGAUGGCUGGCAAGAUGGGGAACAAGUUUGUCAAGAUCCGAAAGCUCAAGGUCAUCCGUGUUGACGCUGAAAACAAGUGCCUUCUAGUGAAGGGUGCCAUCCCCGGAAAGCCCGGCAACCUGGUGAAGGUAACUCCUGCUAAGAUUGUGGGCAAGAACAUUCCCCCUUGGUCCGAGAAGUAAGAAGUGGGUUUCAUUCCUCGGAAGAGCUCGGGUUCUGUUUCUUAGCAUGCUGAGGUUGGCGCGAAGAAUGGUGGUCAUGCUUAUGUUCAACGGUUUUACAUGCGGCUCGUGAACGCUUCUGAUAGAAAGGUACGUUGACUGACUGUCAGCCAAAAAAAGGGUCUCGAACCAGAGGCGCAAGGAUGCAGAGCGAUUACCUGGUACAACAACACAUGGUGGAUAUAACACGUCAUCAUUGCUUAAGCUUCGUGGCCUGGUCAAACACCACUGCUCAGUGUGGUGCCUUAGUCUUGUGUCUUGCACCAAUGAAAUACACAGAAUCAAACAUCUUUUCUAGGAGGCGUCUAGUUAUCAACAUGGAAUGCUUACUUGCUCAUGUAUAUGUAU